AUGUUUGGUGCAGCGGUUGCUGGAGGUGAACUCUCCACCGAUCUUGACUUUCUCCAGAAGGAUGAAAAGAAAUUGCUCUUCUUUGUGCCUGGUGACGGUAUCACUGGUGACGAUGACUGUGACGACGGUGGAGAUGACAUCAUUGGCGGAGUGGAUGACGCAUCUGGUUGUAUACCCAACUGGGCAGCAGCAUGUGUUGUUGAUGUUGUUGAUACAGCGCUUGAUGAAUCUGUGGAAGAUGCGAUUGGAGGUGAUGACGAUGAUGAUGAUGUCAUCCUAUAG